AUGCAGUUUACUGAACUGAGUGAAUUAAACCACGUCGUGGGUCUUAUGCGUCUAGGAGCAUGUAAUAGUCCCACGUUUCAUGAUCGUCAGGACUCGGAGGUUGAUUUUAUCUAUAAUUCAUCACCCAAGAUGGAAUCUCAGUUACUAAAUUCAUGGAUUGAUAAAAUGACGGCAAUUAAACCCUUACCAUCGACGACAACAUCAAUUUCAAUUGGAAACAAGAAAACACCAAAGGGUUUACGUAAAGGUAGUAGUAGUACGACUACUACUGCUAGUACAUUAAUUGUUAAUAAUGGAAAUCAAACAACAGGAGAUGAUGUCGCUGUUGUUGUUGCUGCCAUGAAGACAAAGGAGAGUCGAGAGAAAAAGAGUGUGGGCUCUAGUAACGUCUCGAGACGACGAAUGUCAACUCAAUCAGGACGUAUCGAUAAGAAGAAUAGUACCAGUAUUAUAAAGGGAAAUGAAGAGAAAGAAGAGAAUGGUAAAAUAAUAUCAAAGGAGAAACAAGAGGACGAUGGAUUUUGUUUCAUGAAGGAAGAAGUGAUACCGAUUUCAUUUCAUGAGUCUUCAUUAUUGGAUAAAGCGUUGAAAGGUCCAUCAUUAACAACUAUGGGAGCAAGACCACCGAUGAUGGGAGCAGAUGGAGGUUCUGUAUUACAUUUGACAAUCUAUUUACCAACGAGAGAUGAGAUGAAGAUCGAUUUGUACGACGUGUCAACGGUAGAUGAAGCUAUUCAAGAGCUACUGCGUGUACAUCAGGCAGAUACUCGCCAGCCACCAUUAUAUUAUGGUCACCCAGAAUGUUACGAGCUUCGACUGCAUGACUCUGAUGGUAUUCCAGAUGAAGACUUUCCAGCUCUUGACCGGUCUCGAAAGAUAAAAAACUUUGGUGAUGCAGGGGGCCAUGAGUACUGUUUGUGCGAGCGACCUGAUGCAUGCCCUCCGACAGGCGAUGCAGCUCCCGAUGUUGCCGCACCUGCCGCAGUGGCCAAGCCAAGUGCUGCUACGGCCAAGGCACCUUUGCCUAACGACAAAGCUUUCCUUAAGAUCUUCAUGCCAAGGAGUGACGACUACACUGUGGUAGCAAUUGAUGGCACGACAGUGGGCCAAGAUUUGCUGCCAACUCUGAACAAGAAGCACCGACUUCAGCUGUUUCAGGAGCUGUACGUGCUUAAGAUUAGCGAGGCGGACCGUGAACGUCUGGAUCUCGCUAGUGACGAAAUUGAUAUGCACACCAAGUUGCGGCCACUGAACUUACACGAAGUAACUCUUGCCACGAAAAUUUUUGCUGAUGCACCUCAAAUCUCAACUCCGGCUCCAUCGGCCGUGGAGGAUACUGCAAAUGUUGACAGCCGUUCCCGUCCACCUCCUGAAACAUUUAUGUUCAAUGACGUGACAGCCGCCAUGUUCAAGGAAUGGCACGUUAUCAAGAAGAACAAGUAUGGUAAGAAGCAGCAGCGUAUGCUGGGUAUCGACCUCAACAAGAUCUAUAACCGCAAAGUGGGUGAGCGCGUCAUCACAUCGAGCAAGUCCACCAAGAUUGCGGAGAGGCCAAUGUCAGGUGUAGUAUGGGUGCGUUUCAACCAAGAUCCAUCCGAGUUCCAGAUCUACUUCAAGGACAGUAUUGAAGAGAUCAUUACAGAUUACACGGCGGACUCGCCGUAUGAGUGUGCCGAGAUUGUCGCCAAACUGAAGUACAUUCUCUCGCGUAGGAAAUGA